GUGACCCUAACAGCUCGCUGGUGAAGCCCCCCUCCGGACAAACAAACUUGUGUAUCACUUUCGCAGCCAUGUCAGUCAGACACCGAGCGUUAACACGACGAACCGUGUGGCCCCUAGCAGCCGCAGUGUUCCAGUGAAUUGGACGGAGAGUGGAGGUUUCAGGCUGAUGACCUAAACGUCAACGAGAGAAGCGUGGUGAACAGGAGGAUGGAUGGAGUGAGCUGGAGCACCACAAGGACCCCGGAGUCGUUCAGUCGCUCCCCGACAGCUACCGAAACUCUGUCCCGGCUCGCCAGCUUCAUCGCCCGGUCAGACACCAAACAGCCCGCACACAACCCGAGGCAGCGAUCGUCCCACCUGCACGCUUAUGUUUGUCCAGAGUGUGGCAAGAGUUUCCCGUAUGCAACCGAUCUGCUGCUCCACCAAGAAUUAAAACACUCAUUACCCAAACCUCACCGGUGUCCCUCUUGUGGACAGGAGUUCUCCCUGCGGUCCUCUUUGCAGCUACAUAAGUGCGACAGGGAUUCCUCUCCGUGUGAACUUUGUUGUGGAGGGUCACGGAGUGGCUCUCCUUGCCCUUCGUGCAUGCAUCACGCCUCAGAUCCCGGCAGGCCACAGGAAAAUUCCCUUCACCUCCAGCCUCACCUCCUGGACAGCAGCCCUUACGCAUGUGCACCCUGUGGGAGAGGCUUCAGCCAGAAGAAGGCCCUGCUGCAGCAUCAGCAGGCUGGCUGCAGUGAACCACCAUCCCCAUCAGAUGGAGUUGAUGCGAGCAGCCUUCCAGAUGAUUCUCCUCCAGUUUCUGAGGCAGACACAACCCGCUCUGACUCUUCAGACGCCCCAGGGCCCACAAGCAGAGCUGUCCGUGUGUGCCAACUCUGUUCCAGAAGCUUCCGUACAGCGGCUGGUCUGCAACGCCACAAGCAGUGCAACCACUCUGAGGAGCAGUUGAGGGCCCCAAAGCGACAAAAGACCAAAGGAGAAAUGGGGAAAGAAGGAGAUGACAAUGAAGAUCCAAAUAAAAAUUCCAAAUCCAAAAAGAAGCUUCUGAAAUGUCGCUCUUGUGACAUGAUUUUCAUGAGCACCUCUAAGCUCUACAUGCACAGGACAGAGAAGCACAGCAGAGAGAAAAGUACUAGGAGAGACCCGAAGCCAGUCGUCAAAAGGCGCUGGAAAGGACAUGGGAAUCCGUGUCAGGUCUGCGGCAAAGUCUUCUUCCAUCAUUUGUCCCUUAAGGCACAUUACAGAUUGCACACAGCCUCAAGCUUCUCUUCAAUUGACAACAAAGGCAGGUCUGAAGGAAGCACUGCCAAAGACUAUAAGUUACCAGAAAAUAGACCAAACAACCUAAAAGCCAACUUAAAAGGUACAACGGUAAAGCCUGGACGAGGGAGGCCCAGGAAAGUGCCCAUUUUAGAGAUUAAGAAGAGUGAUUUGAGAAGAUGCAAGAAAGUGCCUGAAGUGAAGGAAGGGGAGGCAGGGGAUGAUGAUGAGGAGGAGGAGGAAGAAGAGCGAGAGUACCCAUGCCCCUCCUGUGCAGAGGUUUUCUCUCUAAAGUCCAAGCUCUGGGAGCACAUGGAGCUCCACCAGUCGUGUGUGAAGAGAAGACACUGCAGUGUGUGCACAAACGAGAUGGACACCUGUAAAUGGCCGGGCUCAAAGAAGCACAGGCUAUACCACUGUGUGCCCUGUCAGCAGGGAUUCUCGGCCAUGGACUCUUUCCUAGAACACUGUCAGGAGCACCUGCGAGUCAGGGUGGAGGAGGACAGCCUCACAGAGGCCUACAUGCAGCAGGCCAGCAAAGCCUGACAUCCAGUUUAAAUGUCAUCAGCGAUUUACCUUUUUUGCCUUCAAGGGCCAGAGAGCAGAGAGGGAUGAGGGGAAAUUCUUGUAUUAACCAGUUCAUUCACUGAGCGCUCAGAGCAUCUGGAUUUAAUUGGUCCACGGAUUUAAUUUAUUCACGACAACAAAGAAAUGUUGAAGAUAUUGGUUGAUAAAGGCCCAUCCCAGAGUCUAUACGUUUAAAUCAAAUUUAUUUAACAAUUUUUCUUAAUUCUUCAAUUCAUAUUUAUUUCUAAUUCUAAUUUUCUAUCGCUGCAUGUUUGGUUUUUUGGAAACUGAUCAUUGAUGUGGUGUCUGUGGGACUGAUCUCAGACAGGACCAGAUGUCACAUAUUUUGGUUUACUGCACAUCAUCACUUGAAGCGGUACAUCCCCCAAAUUCUUGACAUGUUUGUCGGUGUCUUCUGUGUGUGGCACUUUCAUCCUGAAACAUUUUUAUCCUUUUAGAUUUUUUUCAUUUUUUUCCAUUUUGGCAUCUGUAGUCAUUAACACAGACUCCCUGUGAAUCCUGCGAAGGAUCCUCCUGAUUUCUCACUAUUGCGAUUUCACAUUCAGCCCCCCAGAGAAUAUCAGUUGAUUAUCUGGAGUCAAAUGUAUGUCUGAAAACCGCUUCCUGAGUUUCAGCUUCAUUACAACAAACGACUAACAAAAUUUUGAUGAAACAGAAAGCCUACAGGUUCACUGAGAUGGAUCACGUAUGUGUAAAGUUGUCUAUAGUUUUUUUUCUUUUUUUUCUAUUCUUCCUUUUGAAAUACACUGAAAUUUGUGGUAGUGUGAAAUGCUAAAGAAAAUUGCCAAAACAACAGUGUGAUUCUUAAAUAGUCUGAAUCUGACAUUGGAAUGAUCCUAUUGACCAAUUUCCCUGUUGAUUUACGUUUAGACCUGUGGACUAAUCUGAAGUAAUAGAAAUGAGGACCGAAGUCAAAGCACUGCAAGACUUGGUGUUUGCCAUUAUUUGUUUUCAUGUCAGACCAUGACCCUCAUGGUCGAGCCUGGUUAAUAUUUGCAAGUGAUUCACCCAGGUUGGUCAAUUACCACAGAAGGGGAAAUGUAAGUUGAGCAUUUGUAUGCACUGUUUCAGCCAUUCUUUGAAAUCCACAUGGCUGACGCAGAUAGUUUUACCCAGCCCAAUGCCUCUCAACAUGGCCUGUCUUUUUAGCUGGCUUAAACUCUUGUAAUAUUACCUCAAUAUGCAAAAUGAUAGACCAUUGGUCUGUGGGAUGAGUAAUGAGUGCACUUGUGAAUGAAAAGGAUCAACGGGACUUUCUCUUUAGUUUGUUGUUAUAAAGGGUUUUCAGCUACUGUUUUGAAAGAGCUACUGUGAAAAUAUAGAAAGUUACUUAAUAGUUUUGGAAUCUUCCAUUUUUUUCAAGCUCUUUUGUAAAAUAGUUUGACUCUUUGUAGAUAAAUAUUAUUAAAACGUAUCAAACUGUU